AUGAAAUUCACCACCAACAUUCUCGCUUUGGCUUUCUUGGCCUCUGCUUUUGCCCUUCCUCCAAAAGGAGCAUUCCAUAAAAAGUUGCAAGGCAACAUCAACCCUGACGGUAUUCAAUAUGUUGACGUCAAGCACUUCAAAAGUUGUGGUACACCUGGUACACGUUGUCUCAAGCUUGCACCUGGUGCUCGUGCACAAGAUGCAGCCUACUAUACCGUCAAUUCAACAAAAGCAAAAUGCAAUACCAAAUGGAAAUUACCCGGUGGUAAUGGCGAAGAACGUGAUAGCGGUGAAUGCAUUGCAAAAGAACGUGUGACCUUCUUGAUCGAAUGUGCUAAAGCCAAAAAUGCAAAUGGUAAAUCAAACUGGAUUGGUGUUUGGUUUAACGAUAAAGAUGCAAACUUUAUGGCCUUUGGUGAUGCUAAAGCUAGAUUUGCUCAAAACGGUCGCAAAGGUGGUUUAACCGAUGAAGAUUCAACAAAAGACAAGAACCCAAUUGUUGAAAUCAUUUGCCCCCAAGAUUCAUGA